AUGGCGAAUUAUGAAGUGACUGUGAAACAUGACGAGCUUGCCUUUGCUGGCACUAGAAACAGGAUCUUCAUUAAGCUGGUGGGCACAGAUGGGGAGAGCAAACGCACGUGGCUCCACACCUAUAUGGGGCUGUUAAACAUUGACAAACUACCGUUCAUGGUCAUCAAAUACACUUUUUCUUCAUCUCUUGAAAUGUUCUUGAACCAUCUCUCAUCAUUCCAGGUGAAGUGCCCCGUCUCCAUUGGAAAGCUGAUUUUGAUAGAGCUAGACAAACAGCACUUCCUAGUCAAAGACUCUUGGUUCCCUGCCAAGGUGGUAGUGAAAUCCCCUGAGGGACACACCUACAACUUUCCCAUCUACAGCUGGAUCACUGACAGUGAGGUGCACAGCUUCAGAGAGGGAACAGCUCUGAGAGACUUUGAAGACUAUUCUCGUGCCAUUCAAUUUCGGAAGCAAGAGCUGAAGCAGCGAGACAAAGAGUAUCGCUGGCACGUGUAUGCGAAGAGAAUACCCGACUGCAUGAAGGCAGAUAGUUUUUUUGAUCUGCCUUCAGAUAUCCGCUUCUCCUUCACCAAGGACGUAGAGUUUGUGUACACUCUAGAGUCAGGGCUGAUUGAGCUGGAACUAGAGGGACUGGUUGAUUCCAGGGAGAAAUGGCAUCAUGUUGCUGCUAUCAGUCAGGUCUUCCCAGUGAGACGGACUGACAUAUCAGACUAUGUCCAGCAGCACUGGAGGGAUGAUGAUUUUUUUGCCUACCAGUAUCUAAAUGGUGUCAACCCCAUGGUGAUCAAACGCUGUUCAGCUCUGCCUGAUAACUUUCCUGUCACUGACGAGAUGGUCUUCCCCGGUGAUCAGUUCAGCUUGGCAGAUGAGAUGAAAGGCAACAUAUUCCUGUGUGACUACAAGCAUUUGGAUGGAGUAACAGCAAACACCAACAAUGUGACGAAGCAGUACUUGGCAGCUACCCUCGUCCUGCUCCACAAAACACCUGAGGACAAGCUGAUGCCAAUUGCUAUUCGGCUGAAGCAGACUCCAGCAGAAGACAACCCCAUCUUCCUUCCUACUGAUCCUGAGUACGACUGGUUGACGGCCAAGAUUUUUGUGAGAAGUGCAGAUUUCAAUGAGCAUCAAGCCAACUCUCACCUGCUGCGCACUCAUCUGCUGGCUGAAGUGUUUGCAGUGUCACUGCUGCGCAACCUGCCCAUGGUGCAUCCACUGUACAAGCUCCUCAUACCUCACACUCACGACACUCUUGAAAUCAACUAUAUGGCUCGACAUCAUCUGAUAUCCGACAAUGGAGUUUUCACAAAGUUUGCAGCCACUGGUGGAGAGGGUUUGGUGACACUCCUGCAGAGAUCAUUGUCCUCAGUGACCUACACCUCCCUCUGCAUACCAGAGGACAUCGCUGAGCGUGGGCUGAAGGAUGUGCCGAACUUCUACUACAGGGAUGAUGGACUCAAGCUUUGGGAUAUCAUCUACAGGUUUGUGCAGGGAGUGCUCGGCUUCUACUACAAGAAUGAUGAUGAGGUCAAGAAAGACUCUGAACUGCAGAAGUGGAUUUCGGACAUUUUUGAACAUGGAUUUCUUUCCCGAAAAGGCACAGGAAUUCCCCAGCGCUUUACCAAAGUGGAAGAGUUGGUCAAGUUUGUCACCAUGGUGAUCUUCACUUGCUCAGCACAACACUCUGCUGUGAACACUGGACAGUAUGACUAUGGUGGCUGGAUGCCCAACUCUCCCACCACCCUGUACUGUCCUCCACCAACCAAAAAGGGGACAACAAUUCAGGCCACGAUGAUGGACACAUUACCUGACAAGGGCACGACAGCUAAUGGAAUGUCUACCUUGUGGUUACUCAGCAAACCAUCCUCUGACUAUGUCCCUCUUGGCCAGUACCCAGGGGACCAUUUCAGUGAGAAGAUGCCCUGCGAGCUGAUAAAGGCUUUUCAAGGAGAGCUUCAAGUGUUAAGUGCACACAUCAACAUCAGAAACAUGAGUCUGGAGGUGCCAUACACAUACAUGGAUCCAGUGAAGAUAGAAAAUAGUGUGGCCAUUUGA